AUGGCCGUCAACGGCGUAUACGUCGUUUUAGGCGAAGCUAAUACUGUGGUGGCAUUGCUGAACAAAGCGCGCAGACAGUAUCAGUUAUCCCAUCAGCCUCCAUCUCUUGAAGAUACUGAACCACUUCUCCGCAACUUUGCGGAUCUAAAGGAAGUGCUUAAUGAGGUAGCAGAUUUGGGUGACAUGAACCCGUUGACUUACCUAUCACCAUUUCUUGACGUGAUAAAAGCGCAGAAUACGAAUGGGCCUAUUACGGAAGCAGCAUUGUCAUCAGUGGCGAAGUUUCUUAGCUACGGGCUUAUAGACGCGAACAGUAUUAAAGCAGCAAAUGCUGUGGAAUCUGUUGCGUAUGCAGUAGUUCAUACAAAAUUCAUUGGAGGAAAGAGCAGCGGCAGUGAUGAAUGCGUUCUUUUCAAAAUUCUAUUGGUUCUUCGCUCCCUAUUAUUGUCUCCUCCUGGAUCGCUUUUGUCCAACGAAGCUGUGUGUGACAUGAUGCAAUCCUGUUUCCGUAUCGUCUUUGAGCAGCACCUUUCGCCAUUGUUGCGCAAAGCCGCUGAAGCUACGCUCAGUGAUAUGACGCAGUUGAUAUUUACAAGAUUACCGACAUUCCAUGAAGAUGCUAGACAUCCUUAUAUUAGGAAAUUGGUUAUGAAUGCAAAAGGUGAAAAACGUCGCAGAAGACGAAGGCGUACUGAAUCUGAGGCAGAGAGUGAAAAGGUAAGCACAGAUUCUUUCAUUGUUUUGCUUACCCACACGACUGUUGCCAAAAUUCCUCAUUCUACAAGUGACAUUCCGUCCUGGCGUCACAGGGAUAACCUUGUCGCCCCCACCAGAACUACGCAACUUGUAAAAGGCAGAUGUCAGACGAUUUCGAUUUCAAAACCCUCUCAACGUCAUGUUCAAGGUUAUGAUAUGGUGUUGACCACCGAUCCGCCGGUUGACAAAGUCACAGCACCUGAUCCCACAUUAGAAGAGAAGCGUUUGGAGGAGGAGAAGGCCGACGAAGCCGAUAGUGAAGGAGAAGACGAUGCAAUAACGAUGAAAGAGGCCACAACCGCCAGCCGGCAACAGAACGCUGCUCCGGUUCAGGAAAAGUCGUCGAUAGAUGAUGAAGAAGACACAGAACCAAGUGGAAACAUCGUACAAAUGCCAUAUGGGCUUGCCAUGUUGUAG